CGCUUGCUCUGUACAAAUAAAGGCAAAAUUGAAGAUGUUGACGGAAUGAGAUUGGCAAUGAGCAGUUUGGCUUUGGUAUCCUCAGCUACUUCAGCUUGCUCAGCUUUUCUUCUCCGCCCCUUAAUGGCCACCUUGCAGUACAGGACUUUUCACACUCGCUUGCCAUUUCCUUCGUUUGGUGUUGGAAAUAAAUACAAUAAAUGUUGUCUGCUCAAAUGCUCAAACAACACCCAUAGUUAUCAUCUUAGAGGCCAACCCAAUGCCUUCCGCUUUAAUUCUAGAAAUAUUUUCAGUUAUGGGCCUUUAGACUGUGGAAUCAGUUUGACUUCACCCAAUUCUUCAUCCUUUGCUAAUAGCUACUUUUCUCGCUUACCAAGUCAAAAAAAGAGUGGAGAUAGCUUCCCCUUCAAAUUAAAAAAAAAUUGGAAACAUUCUGAGGUGUUGGCUUCUCCAAAUAAGAAUAAAAUUACAAAUUCCAGCAAGUUGUUGUCCGAGGAUGUUAAUGUCGUGACUUCAGCAAGUGACCAGUUGGUUGGACAUUCCAAGCAAGGAGUGAAGCAAAAAAUUAAAGUUGAUAAGAAAACAAAGCGACCCUCCAGAAGCAAGAAAAACAAGGAACAACUUUCUGCUGGUACUGUUUCGGAAGAAGCUACUGUGGAAAAGAGACCCACCCAGGCUUCAAAGGCUUCAACUGGGGUCACCCCUGUAGAAGCCCUUGAUAGUUCUGUUUCAGCAAAACAGCAGCCCAAGAAGAAAAUGGCGAAUUCUAGCAGAAAGGGGAAAUCUUCCAAGGCAGCUAAUGCUGCUUUGCAGAAACAGAAACCGGAGAAUGUAGUCAUAACUAAGCAUCAAGGACAAAACAAGCUAAAGCCGCUAUAUCCCCCUCCCGGGAAAUCUGUUGUGGUGGUUGAGUCUGUUACAAAAGCAAAGAUUAUUCAGGGAUACCUUGGUGAUAUGUUUGAAGUCUUGCCCAGCUAUGGUCAUGUCAGGGACUUGGCUGCAAGGUCGGGAUCUGUGCGUCCUGAUGAGGACUUCAGUAUGGUAUGGGAGGUCCCGUCUGCUGCCUGGACUCAUCUUAAAAGCAUCAAGGUGGCUUUGAAUAGAGCAGAAAGUAUUAUUCUUGCCUCAGAUCCUGAUCGUGAAGGAGAGGCAAUUGCUUGGCACAUCAUUGAGAUGUUGCAUCAACAGGGUGAUUUAUGUGAAAAUAUUACUAUAGCAAGGGUUGUUUUUCAUGAAAUAACUGAAGCAUCCAUCAAAAGUGCCUUGCAAGCUCCAAGAGAAGUUGAUGUAAAUUUGGUUCAUGCUUAUCUUGCCCGGCGAGCUCUUGAUUAUUUAAUUGGAUUUAACAUUUCGCCGUUAUUGUGGAGGAAACUACCUGGUUGCCAGUCAGCUGGGCGAGUCCAGUCUGCUGCCCUGUCUCUUAUAUGUGACAGAGAAAUGGAAAUUGAUGGAUUUAAACCACAAGAAUAUUGGACUGUUGAGGUUGAGUUGAACAAAAAAGAGUCAAAUUCUUCAGCAGACACCUUUUCUUUUCCAGCUCACCUUACCCAUUUCAAAUCAAAAAAGUUAAAUCAGUACUCAAUUGGCUCUCACACAGAGGCAAAGGAUAUUGAACUAAAGAUAAAUUCAACAAAUUUUCGAGUGAUCAGCUCUAAGAAAAGCACAAUGAGGAAAAAUCCGCCCACACCAUAUAUAACAUCAACUCUUCAGCAGGACGCGGCUAACAAAUUGCAUUUUUCAGCAUCUUAUACAAUGAAGCUUGCACAAAAACUUUAUGAAGGGGUUCAGUUAUCAGAGGGGAAGGCUGCUGGUCUAAUAACUUACAUGAGAACGGAUGGACUGCAUAUCUCUGAUGAAGUUGUUAAGGAUAUCCGCUCUUUGAUCAUCGAAAGGUAUGGAUCAGAUUAUGCAUCAAAAAAUCCUCGAAUAUAUUUUAAAAAGGUGAAGAAUGCUCAAGAGGCUCAUGAAGCUAUUAGGCCCACUGAUAUGCGGAGGUUACCUGCUAUGCUCACUGGAAUUCUAGAUGAAGAUUCCUUGAAGUUGUUCACUCUCAUUUGGUGUCGGACAAUGGCAUGUCAGAUGGAACCUGCAACCAUUGGGCAGAUACAACUGGAUAUUGGUGAUGCUAGUGAGUCCAUUGUUUUCCGUUCUUCAUGCUCAAAAGUAGAAUUUCGUGGAUCCCAAGCAGUUUAUGAGGAUGUUAGUGCUGGAGCUAUCAGAAAUAAGGAAAAUGAAGGGAAUGAUCGUGAAGAAGCUUUCGGAAUUCUCAAUUCACUGGAGUCAGGGGAGCCAUUGUCUCUUGCUCAAGUGGAACUUAAGCAGCAUCAUACCCAGCCUCCACCACGCUACUCAGAGGGGUCUCUGGUUAGGAAGCUGGAAGAGCUUGGAAUUGGAAGACCUUCCACAUAUGCAUCUAUAUUAAAAGUUUUACAGGAUAGAAAAUAUGUGACAGUGAAAAGCCGUGUGUUGUAUCCUGAAUUUCGUGGUCGCAUGGUGUCAGCAUUUCUCUCUCACUAUUUCUCGGAGGUGACAGACUACAGUUUUACUGCUGAUAUGGAGACUGAACUUGAUAAUGUUUCUGCUGGCUUAACUGAAUGGAAAGGCCUUCUUAGGGAUUAUUGGACAAGAUUCAGUUCAUAUUGUACCCGUGCUCAAAGUGUACAUAUUCAUCAAGUGGAAAAGAUGUUGGAGAAAACAUUUGGGGACUUUUUGUUUGCUUCUCUCCCCAAUAAAGACAGGAAAUGUCCAGGCUGCACUGAAGGCACUUUGAUUUUUAAAGUAAGUAGAUUUGGUGCAGGCUAUUUUAUAGGCUGUAAUCAACACCCAAAAUGCAAUUAUAUAGCCAGGACACUAUAUGGUGAUGAUGAUGAUGAAGAAGAUGCUCCACAAAAGAACACUAACAUUGAUGAGCCAAAAUUAAUUGGUCUUCAUCCAGUUUCAAAUGAGAAGGUUCUUUUGAAGAAGGGUCCUUAUGGAUUCUAUGUACAGCUUGGUGAAGAUAGGACGGGUUAUUUGCCCAAAAGGGCCACUGCUUCCCAUAUUAAGGAUGUGGACUCUAUUACUCUUGAAGACGCGCUGGAGCUGCUGCGUUACCCUUUGACAUUAGGAAACCAUCCAAAGGAUGGACAUCCAGUUAUAUUAAAGCAUGCAAAGGCUGGAUUUUCUGUUAGACAUCGACGCACUAUAGCUUCCGUUCCAAAGAAUAUGAAAGUGAAGGACAUCACUCUAGAGAGGGCAUUGGAACUUUUGUCGAGUAAAGAUGUAAGAGUAUGUGGCCGACCUAAGAGUAAGCCGAAGGUUGAAGAACCCUUGGAGGCCAUGUAGCUUCGUAAGUAGGAUUGCCCACAAUUGAGCCUGUGUUCUGACAUUGCAUCCACAGCUGAAAUCGUGAAUUUAUAGAAGAAAAUCUACGUGCACUUGGGCAUCGUACGAUUUUUUGAUGACUCGAGCCCAUAAGGUGUGUAUAACUGCCACUGCAAUGACCAAAUUUGUUGUAGUUAAUCUCUAUUUUGAUAUCCAUUUAUCAAUGAUGCAAGGGCUCAACCAAUUUUCUUAUACCCAGGAGAUGUACUCAUAAGUAAUUCAGGCUGAAAAUUCUUUGAUUUUUAUUACUGGUUAAUUUCAUUAAAUCUCUUCAUAA